AGAUGCAAUGCGUCAUAGAAAGAUUUCUCAUUUAGGUAUAAUAGUGACAUUCUUAAUAUUGAUCGCGGGUCGACUAAUGUAUGCCGAAGAUCACUCCAAGUUUCACGAUGGGAACAUAGUUAGAAAUCAAGAUCAUAUUAAAGAGCAUCUGCAGGAAGAAGUCAACAUCAACACCACUGCCAACAUGACGAAAGAAGAACUAGAGUUCCACUAUUUUGAGCAACAUGACUUAGAUAAUGACACUAAGCUAGAUGGUCUCGAGAUUCUCGCGGCAAUAUCCCACAUGAUGCCAUUCGAACCCAAAUAUCCCGAAACCAAGACAGCUCAACAGAUAAGGGACGAAAAAAUUGAUUUCUAUGCUGAACAGACCGAAUAUAUUCUUAAGGAGAAUGACUACAACAAUGACGGUUAUUUAAGCUACUCCGAAUAUGCUUUGGCGAGACGUAGAGCCGAGCGGGGUGCUUGAUUCAAUCAAUUUAUCAAUAAUACAAGCAGGCCUAUGCCUAUGCCUUUUAUCAAUCAUUAUAUUUACUUCUGGCGACGGUGUGUUUCUUGCUUUUGUAGCUCUCGGACAAUGAUGCCAAAUGAAAAAAUAAUCGAUAUGAAAUCAGUAAUUUUUUUUUUAUUCAUAACGAUUUAGUGACUUUAGUGUCGAGUUCAGGCUUUAACUGAGGCAUAUUCUUCAUUAUGGUUGUUGAAAUCAUUUAGCAUAAACACUUUUUUCAAUCAUGUUUUAAAUUUCAAACAGAUAUCGUGUGAUAUUUUACAGAAGCAAAACUAUUGUCUUGAAAUAAGAGUUCUCCUAAAACUUGGUGGUCAUUGACUGCUUUGAUGUGUAGGUUCAUAAUACUUCAGUAUUGUGAUGUGAUCACAUUAUCAUUAUCAUCCUUAUCAUCUUCACAUUAACCGUCAACGUCACUGUCACCGUCAUCAUAUUAUCAUCAUUAGUCGUAUACCUUUGGCAUCUAGGCCCUAUUUUUGUGCAUAUUUCCCCUUCGGGGUCAGCAGCUAGCUAUCCUCGGAGUGCAUGGUGGGAUAUUGCGUCAUAAGUUAAAGUUAAAAAUGAACUGCCUUCCAAGAUAAGCCAACUAAAUAUGAUAACGUAUGCCUAGAACUAGAACUAAAAAGUGAACAAUCUGUUACUUGGACAUUUAUUGUUAUUCAAUAUAUUUAUACAUAGUAGACUCUAAAACCGUUUAAAUAAGCCUUUGAUACCGCUAAUAGUUUCCGGGGCUACGCCCCUGGAUCACUUCCGAGAGGUUUCGAGCGACAACUGACUGACUAUAUUAAUGCCUAACGACUAUUUGUGCACGCAUCGCAUUAGAAAUAUGAAUUUUGUAAAACUAGAAUGUCCUGUUGUCUUAAAUAAUGUAGAUUUCAUAUUAUAAAUGACGUAGGCCUAUAGUAAUAGUAUUUUUACUGAAAAUUAUUGUCACAAUUUUUAAAAAUUCUAUUAUAAUUUCUGCUUAGGUCAAUGAAACUGAAAUUUCUUAUAAAAAAUAUCUAACAAAGUCGUAUGAUAAUUAUAUCUGGACUGAUUUAUUUAUUUAUUUAUUAAAAUUUUCAUUCAACAGCGGGAAACCCGCCACUUCCAGAAUGGAACUUAAACUACUUUAAACUACAGUAAGAAAAACACAAUUUACUAGAAUAAUACAAUAUUUAAAUUAAACAAUCUUAGAAACUUUGUAAAACUUUUAAAACUAUCAACAACAAAAAAUCAAUAAUAUUGUCUUUAUCAACACAAACGUUAUAAGGACCACAAAUACAGGACAAGAAUCCACUUUUAGCAAAUUGACUCGGAAAAACGGAACGUUCAGAAUAUUUUUAGAAAGACGGGUGAGACAGCCAACAGCUCUAACAUGAAUAAAAAACAAUGACACUAAAUCACAAUCAACCCUAGAAUUCAUACACUUUUACAAAAACUGAAGAUCGAACAACGAACGACGAGUGCAAAGUGAAGGAAGAGAAAUAGAUAAAGUAGAACAUUGACAAGUAGAACAAACAAAACGAACGAAACGAUCUGGAACUUUUUGGAGAUA